AUGUCCGCUAUUAGCGCCCAACAGGCGACUGCCAGCGAAUCGACCAUGGAGGGCAUAGGUGUCGAGCGAACUCCUCUGGGAGGGUCUCCACCGCCAGCGAGCGCGACGUCGUCGGCCCCAGGGCCGACGCCCCCGCACCCGCCGGUCCACAAUCAUAUGCGCGACACCAUUAGGUCUCUGCGCAAUAAUUUGAACAACCUUGCUAUCGGCGUACAGCACGUUAUCGAAGGCCCCUACGAGGCCGCAACAUACCCUGACGAGUUCGAGAACUGCGCUGUCGCGCUCACUACCUGCCUUCGCGACUUCCACAAUGCUCUCAUGAACGACUCCCUCAUCCUCGACACCGAGACUGGUACCCGAAUCCUGCGCCUCUACCAGGCUUGCUUCCAUCAGCAGCUCGCCAGCGCAGCCGUCAUUCUCAACGACGACACCCUCAUGGACGAAGUUCCGCGUACCCGCCAGCGCACAGAAGGCACUCUCCCUGUCGGCAUCGACGUGCAGGCCGCCCUGACUAAGGCUGUCGAGGACGGAGUUCGCAUGGCCACGUCAGCCAUCAACACGCGACUGUCGGCUAUCGAGGCCCAGCUAGUGCACGGGCGCCCGCUGCCACAAUCUCCUCAGGCCCCCGAGGGACCGCGACCCCAACCGCCGGUCCGUACUGGUCGUCAACGUGCCCCCACCGCCAACUCCAGUGCUGCUGCCCCUGCAGCGCAGCCUUCGGCGCAGCCUGAGACGCAGGCCCCGAAUGCCCCCACCGUGGCACAGGUGGCCGCCAAGAACCGCGAGAAGUGCUACGUCCUUCUCGUUACACCCGAGCAGCAUGCCGCCAUCGAGGCAGGGGGUACCAUGCCCCAAUGGUAUGCUAAGGUCCAUAUGCGCCUGCGCGAGACCCCCGCGUGGGCAAAGGUACGCUUUCUCGGUCUUCGCUUCGCUGGACCGACCAAGGUCCAAGCGGCGUUCUCGCAUGAUUCCCCGGAUGCGCUCAUCAAGGAGUGUCUCCGGCCCAUCCAUCAUCUGCUGGGCGUGGUCCCACGUGCACCGUCCCCUGCACCGGGCCCUCGAGAGCAGGCAUCUGUCCCACAAGACUUCCGCCCUCUCGCCCCAGUAACUAAACUUUUCCUUCCGAGCUGCCCGCUCCAUCACCCUGACUCGGGAGACAUGCUCAUCGAGGAGGAGAUUCUGGCGGAGCUCCGCCGCAACUCCAUGUUUUCCUCCGUUCAUUUCAAUGGUCUUCCCGGAUUUGUCGUUCCCCCUGAGCACCGCGAGCAGCUCGGGAAAUCCUCCCUUAUCAUUUCUAUUGAGGAUGUGCACCGCGACUUCUGCGCGCGCAACCUCCUGGGUCGUGACAACCGCGGUGACGCCGCUGGUUUUGUAUGGUUUUACGGUUCUCGCCUGAUGGUUAAGAAGUCGAAAGAUCGUCCCGUGUUCCAAGCGGGCACCAGUAUGCCGCUUCUGCGGAAAGACUAA